UCAGAUCAUAUACAUGUGUGUUGAACAGUUCUACCAAUUAAAUUGUCCCGACGCAUUCAUAAGCUAUACACGGCAUAACGGCACUGUGGUGAGCCUAGAUGGACUUUUAAGUACUUUUAUCAUUACAAUAAUAUCGAAUAACGAAUUGGGUCAUGCACUUCCGGUGAGACCUUUACAAUCAUAAAUAGUGUACUAGUAUACUUUAAUUGGUGAACAGGCCUGCUGAUUUUGCUGAUUACAUAUAUAAUACGGAUAUUAUACCGGUUAUAUCCAAGUGCUGGUACCAGAACUAGCUGAAAGGGGAAGGAGGCAGAGGUGUCUCAACGCCGUAUACACAGUUCGUUGGAGACGAAGAUUCAUUGGGAAGUCACAGCUCUUACAAUGGCGGGUGCGCUCACGAGCAUAAUUCGAGUUUUCUUGGUGGGUGACGUGAUGAUCGGGCGAGGCAUAGACCAAAUCCUGCCUUACCAUUGUAAACCGUGGAUGUACAGGGAUUUCAGGAACGAUUCUAGAGAGUACGCCCAACUUGCCAUAGACAAGAACGGUCCCCUGCCAAAAGAGAUCGGGAUGGAUUACGUAUGGGGAGAUGCGCUACAGAUCCUGCAAGAGAAACAACCAGACUUUCGCUUAAUAAACUUAGAAACAGCCAUCACCACCAGCGAAACCGCAUGGCUAGGAAAACGCGUUCAGUACCGAACACAUCCUCGGCACGUGGAAACUUUGCAAGCAGCCGGAGUGGACUGUUGUGUUCUUAGUAACAACCACGUGCUAGAUUGGGGCUACCCCGGUCUGGCUGAGACUCUUACAACUCUGAAAAAGGCCAACAUGAAGUAUGUUGGUGCAGGAGAAAAUAUAUUUGAAGCUCAGAAGCCGGCGAUCUUUGAAAUUCCGAAUAAGGGACGCAUCGUAGUCUUUGGGGCGUGUCAUACUUCAGGUCUCGUAUAUGAAGAAUGGAACGCUACAGAGACAAAAUCGGGAGUGAACCUUCUUAGUUUUGAGGAUAUCCCAUAUGUGGUGAAACAACUUGCAGAUCAAGUAAAGAAAGUCGAGAAACCGGGAGACAUCGUGAUUCUUUCCAUCCACUGGGGACCUAACUACAAAUGGCAAAGUUCUCCUAUGGAGAGGGAAUUUGCACAUGCCGCCAUAGACGUUGCCGGCGUGGACGUAAUUCACGGCCAUUCCUCGCACCAUGUAAAAGGCAUAGAGGUUUACAAUGGCAAACUCAUCAUGUACGGUUGUGGAGAUAUUGUCAGUGACUACGAAGGGACCCCUACCCCAUUACACAAGCGCCCAUUUCACAACGUGCGCAGCCUUAUGUAUUUCGCCGAUAUUGAUCCACUUACGGGAGAAGUUGUUGACUUCAAAAUGAUUCCCACAAUGAUGAAAAAUCUACGUGUGAACAGAGCCGAUGAAGAAGCUUCAAGCUGGCUUUAUGCAAAGAUGUCGGAGUUGUGUGAGGAACUUGGUGGAGGAGUGCAGUGGGACGGUAGCGAACUGAGACUAGUGUUACAGUCUGGUGGAACGACGCACUUCUUCACACAAGGGAUAGGCUGGACAGGAUCUUUACAGUGUACAAUUAUAUUGAUACUGCUAAUCUUCGUUCUCACCAUAAUUACGUGCAAGCCAUUUAUUUGUAGAAAGGUAGUUAAUCUCCAUAAAUGUCGCUAAAAUGUUUUCCUAUUUACUGUCAUCGUAUUAUGCAUUUUGCAGGCCGUUUUGUACAAAUGUCAGUUGUCUCUCCAAAAUACUCUCCUGCAUGUACAAUAGGGCCGUUUUUGAUAAGCACGAAGAUAGUUAAAGGGAUAAUAACUCUUCGUUUGGGCCUAAAAAUGAAUUUUCCUGGAGUAAACAACAA